GGUGAAAAAGAAUUUUUUUUAUCGUUUUGGAUCGAAAAGCAAUAAGUUUCUAAAAUAAAUUUCAUUACCGAAGUGAAGCAACAGUUUGUUCGUUUCGGAGUAAAUAUUUCUGACAAUCCUACGCAGUAUCGGGUUGUGAUAAUUUGUGGAAUAAAGUGACCUCAUACAUACCUCAGUAAAUAGUGAAUGGAAAGUAGUACAGAGGGGCUCGGCUGCAUGAAAAAGUGAUUUAAAGGUGAUAGUUUUAAAACUCAAAAGUGCAACCGCAAGGUACAUAGACGAUAAUUGGUGCAAGUGCCUUGAAAUAUUGAAGCAGCUAGUGAGCGUGUUGAGCGAGUGACAACAGCGGAAAAGUACAAUCAGGCGGCUACCAAAAGUGCAACAGUAAAUUGCAGUUAAAGUAUAUAGACCACAGUUGCAUGUGCAGCACGUGAGAAAACAACAAAUCUAAAACUGACAUUGAACCACGAAUUACAAUCAGGUAGCAGCAGUGCAAACGUUACGGUAUAAAAAUGAGCUCUAACAGGCAAGGCGGCCCCGUAGGCCGCAUCGUAGACAAAAUCAAGCGUACGAUGACCAACGAAGGGGAUGACACUCGCGAUCCUCUGCAGCACGGUUAUCAACGGGUCAACACAGCGGAAGGAUCGCUGUCCACGUCGACGACAGGUACCAGCUUGGAUACCAUCGUAUUGGAUACGAAUGCGGAAGAUUUGAACAGCACUCCCCGGGUCGGAGGUGUAACGCGAACCUUUAGUCCUAUACAGGAAGCCGAUGAUAGCACCAACCCGUUUCUGGACCCGUUGACAUCGCGUUCACCGGCCGGUGAGUCGAAGACGAAGAGUAAGUCUUCGCUGAAGAGCUCGCGCGUGUCGUUUGACGAGGAGGACCGAUUCGACGAAGGCGAUGAAGGUUUUCGCAAGCAGCGGGAACACUUUCAAAAGCAUAAGAGCCACAGUACUUCAGAGCAUAAGAAUCAGUUGAUCAAGGAACUUCGUCACCUCCUCGCCGCCGACAAUCGUCGACAAUUCCAGGGCAAAAAGCAUGUCUCGCUGGAUGUCCAGAGUUCCAAGGUCCUGGAGGAGCUGCUGAGGGCCUCCUCGUCCGAAGACGACUUCGAAGGCCAACGCAAACAGUUCCAGGAGCGCAAACACAAGAGCCUUGAUGCGCGGCACAUUACGUUUAAGUUCGAGAAGGAACCAUCGCCGUCCAGCAGCGAAGAAGACUUCGAGCCAUCGUCCUCACUGUUGAAGAUCGAUGCCGACAUUACCAAACCAGUGAUCAUCGAUCUGAAAGAUUUAGAGUCCAGCGAGGACGAAGAUUACAUCUCCUCGCGCAAACAAUUCCAGCAGGCGAAGUCGAUGAGUACCGACUCGCGCAAAAGCAUACGAUUCUUUGAGAUGGAAAUGGGCACUAAGGACGAAAACAUUCGAUCGGCAGUUCCCUUCGUGCGGCAGAUCACGGAGGAGGGCAAGCCGAAGCUCGAAGUUUAUCGACCAACUACGAAUCCGAUCUUCAUCUGGACACAGGUGCUAGCCGCACUGUCAGUUUCACUCGGUUCCAUGGUUGUCGGAUUUUCGUCAGCAUACACCUCCCCGGCGUUGGUCUCGAUGAAGGAUCGCAACAUAACCUCGUUCGAAGUCACGGAUCAAUCGGGUUCAUGGGUCGGUGGAAUUAUGCCCUUGGCCGGUCUUGUCGGUGGUAUUCUGGGUGGACCAUUAAUCGAAUAUCUCGGUAGGAAGAACACCAUCCUGGCAACGGCCACUCCAUUUAUUAUCUCAUGGCUGCUGAUUGCUUGUGCCAACCACGUUGCGAUGGUUCUAGUAGGUCGUGCAUUAUCCGGAUUCUCGGUGGGUGUUGCGUCACUCUCUCUGCCAGUCUAUCUAGGUGAAACCGUACAGCCGGAAGUGCGCGGAACGCUAGGUUUGCUCCCUACGGCUUUCGGUAAUAUCGGCAUUCUAAUGUGUUUCGUUGCCGGCAAGUACAUGGACUGGUCGGAGCUAGCGUUCCUAGGAGCAGCACUUCCGGUACCGUUUCUGAUUCUGAUGUUCCUUAUUCCGGAAACGCCACGCUGGUACGUUUCACGGGGCCGUGAUGAUCGAGCACGUAAAGCCCUGCAGUGGCUCCGUGGCAAGAAAGCUGAUGUUGAUCCAGAAUUGAAGGGUAUUAUCAAAUCACAUCAGGAUGCAGAGAGACACGCUUCGAAGAGCGCGAUGUUGGAUCUACUGAAAAAAUCGAAUCUAAAGCCACUGCUUAUUUCCCUGGGAUUGAUGUUCUUCCAGCAAUUAUCUGGUAUAAAUGCUGUCAUCUUCUACACGGUGCAAAUUUUCCAGGAUGCUGGAUCAACGAUCGAUGAGAAUCUCUGCACGAUUAUUGUUGGUUUGGUGAACUUUAUUGCAACUUUCAUCGCGACCAUGUUGAUCGACAGGCUGGGUAGAAAAAUGUUGUUGUAUAUUUCGGACGUUGCAAUGAUCAUUACGCUGAUGACGCUGGGUGGUUUCUUCUAUGCAAAGAACAGCGGUCAAGACGUCUCGCAGGUCGGAUGGCUUCCGUUGGCAGCAUUUGUGAUAUUCGUUCUUGGUUUCUCACUCGGAUUCGGACCGAUUCCGUGGUUGAUGAUGGGUGAAAUUCUACCCGGCAAAAUUCGUGGUUCUGCCGCUUCCGUAGCCACUGCUUUCAACUGGUCCUGCACGUUUGUCGUUACGAAAACAUUCGCUGAUAUUAUUGCUUCCAUCGGAACGCACGGUGCCUUCUGGAUGUUUGGUUCGGUGUGCUGCGUUGGUUUGGUGUUCGUGAUACUGUACGUGCCUGAGACGCAAGGAAAAUCCCUGGAGGAUAUCGAACGCAAGAUGAUGGGCCGCGUAAGGAGGAUGAGCUCGGUGGCUAACAUCAAACCGCUAUCGUUCAAUAUGUAGAAAGCUAAAACUAAGUGAAUUUCCGAGCAUCUUCUAGAUCCGUCUUACCCUAUGCUUUAUGUUAGCCUUCGUUUUCUAAUGUAUGUUUUUCACAAGACAUCCACAUUCGGAAACGCGCGAGACCUCAGCUCAAUUGUUUAGAAUUUUUAUAUUGAAUGCGUUACCUCAAAAUAGGCACUGUGCGAAGUGGCUGGGCGACAAGUUACUGCUUAUACAGUAGAUAUGCUUAAUUUUUUGUUAAAAAAUAACAUUCGAAACCGGGGCUUUAGGACAAAAAAAAACACGCAGAAAAAAACGAAUAGCUAAGAGAUUUUAUGUGAUAUGUUAUAUAGAAAAAAGAUAGCGUCUCUCCAAGAGGGCACGGUUACGUGGUUCAGAUGAAGUUUAUCAAAGAUAUAGCGUGCAAUAGUUGAAAACUAAACCCACAUUAGGAUAGCGGCUGCCAGUACAAUUGUGCGAGAGAUCAAAACUAUAUUUUAAAAGAACAUGUUGACAUUUUAAUUUGUGCCUACCUACGCAACUAAUGUUAAGUCCAAAUUGCCAGCAGAAAAUUUGAGAUUUACAACAAGCCGCUAAUGAUUGUAAAUAAUUAUCAUUUAAGUUUAUUCUGGAUAUGCCAGCGAAAUGAAUAAGUUCCUUUCUUAUUUACAUACCUAAUAUAGUUAACGAGAAAACUGCGAUGGUUCAGAGCAGAACCAUUGCUGCAGUUAGGGGGAAAGCAAGAAAUAUUAAAUAGUAACUGCAAAGUAGAAAUUAGAAAACCCCGCUAGACAUGACAGAGUGCUUGACAUUAAAAAAUGGGUCAAUCUCAGAAAAUACCAAAUAUUAGGUUGUACGUUUUUAGUGCUUAGAUGUUCCCGUGCGAGGUUGCAGUAUAGUACACCCUAUAGUAGAGGCUGAUCUGAAUUAAUUUUGAUUGAGAGCAUCCCUGGACGGUGUCCAACGUGUCGAAUCUCUGCAGGAAGUAAAUGAAAAUGGCAGCAUGGACAUUUUUAAUCAAUAUAAGUUUAACAGAAAUAGAUCACCAGAUAGGACCAUAAUUUUAUCAUUAUUUCAUGUAUGAAGUAAUUAUUUAAUGUGCAAUAUAUAAAAUAAAAAUAAU